GUUCCAAACACCCACCAUCGUCCACAACCAGGACGCGCCUUCCACUCCUUUGCGACUUUUUUCUGUCAAAGCCAUGCUAUCUUCAAGUGCAUCUAAGGUCAAAACGCCCAGUACCAGCUCGUCUAUCGCUUCCUUUGAUCUUGAUGCUGUUCCAGUCUCCGGCUGUAGUCUGAUGUCUGAGUCGCUUUCCCUGGACUCGCUCUCAACAAUCUCGGAUGAUUCCACCCCUCCAAUCCCUCCUGGAUGUAUGGUACCAUUGUCCAGAAUUCUUGGCAUUGGCAGUAGCAGUACUAUCUCCGAAGAAGGACAGAUGAUAACCACAACCAUACCAACUCCACCGCGUCUAAGAACGAUAUUGAGGGAAAAUUUGUGCAUUCAGCGCUGGUCGGAAACUAUCAAGAACAACUGCGAGGUACCUGGUCACACACCUUGGGCCAAUCUCGGAAACUACAAAGAAAUCGAAUGGAUUCCCGAAGGAUCUAUACACCCCCACGACGCCUUUCAAGCAGCCCUUGCCAAAGUCAGAGGUCGAAGAGACGCAUACUCAAGUUCCCAUCGUAAGCCCAAUGCUGUUCUGGAGUCCCAGGAAGAUAAGAAGAGAACACGCCGCACAACAACCCAUGGUUCCUCUUACCGCAAAGCAUUGGUCUUCGAGCGCGAAAUUACGUUGGACACGGGAGACGAAGUGAAGAGAUGGACGUUACAAGUUCCAGCUUUGAAUAUGAGCCCUGAUAUGGUGGACGUGAUGAUGGAGUUGCGCCGUUUAAACUCGUUCUUUAAGGAGGAACCCGAUGGACUUCCGCCGUCCCUGAUGAUCUCCAACUCACACUCUGCUAUGCCUCUCUCUCUUCCGUCAACUGCCAGCCUGCAAUCGUCGUCUGGACCCACGACUCUGGCUGUCCGUCGUGGGAAUAAACCUCUUCCACCCUUGUUAACUAAAAGCGAGGUCCCGGGGAUCCUUGAAGUCCAUCCAUAUCCCGAAAUUCCUACCGCGUUUCGUGGGACACCUACCUCCACCACGCCCAAGCUCGCUAACUUUCAGAAUCUCCAUUCCAGUUGUAAGCCUUCAGGAGAUUUUACGGACAUGAUAUCAACUUUGCGGUCGCAAUGCGCAACUCUGCAGUCCCGCCUGUCUCCCCGGGCGGCCCAUUGUGAUGAACUCGAAACGCGGGGCGAGUCAUCUGAAGUUGGUCUCGUGAACGAUGAAGACGAAUGGAGUUUCGCUCGUCCCUUGUUGCAAAGAUAUGGAGAUCAGAUACCAUCUCUCGACUCACAGUUAACGCCCGACAUUCCCGUCACUGGAAAUGCGGGAACGAGCACAGUUCCAGGUACAGCUGACACCGGCAAGAAUAAACUCUUCGACCGACACGCUUGUCCUCGUCCUCUGGUUGUCCCGAGUGCCUUAACAACCAUCAUGCCUCCUUUCAACGGGGCAAAUGACCAUCCCACUACGCCGACCAUGCGUGUGAGCCUGGGCCCUUUGGACACCGUUUCCUCGAUGGAGAAACAGAGAAAAAUUCCUUCUUUGCUAAUGGAGUCAAGUCAUGAAAUCUUUCGGCGGACUACGCCACCUCCUCCACGUUCUCCAACUCCCUCUGGUUCCAUGAAAAGUAUUUCCCCUUCCAAUGUUAUCUCUGCCACUUCUUCUCCACGGGGUAUCCUCAAGCGAUGCAAAAGUGUUCGAUUUGCUGAAUCUUCCGUCGGGGACGGUGACGAUGGCGUGCCGACAGGGCGCCGUUCAACUCCAGUACGUACUCGCCAUUCCCUGGGAUCUGGUUUUCAAUAUCAAAAACCUCUCAAACGCUCACCUCUACACGCAACGCUCACCUCUGGUAUAUGCACCAAUCAAACCCACAACACAGCCAGCCUAUCAGCUUCCACUCCUAAACCAACUGAAGAUGCCACAACUUCUCCCACGAUACCAUCUUUGCGCACGGCCGGACGGCAAAAGCCCCCUUCUAAUUAUGGAAAAGUCGUUACAAAACCGCCUGCAAAAACUUGUUGUCCUGCGACCCCCACGAGGACGUCAACUGCAGGGGUAAUAACGAUUCCUUUAGUGACACCUACACGUCAGCCAACAAGGACUGAACGCUCUGAAUCUCAGGCAGUUUCCGCUAAGGGUUCCCUUACUCCCAAACCCAAACCGACAAAUGCUUCUCCGAUUAAAUCCCGGAUAGAAGCUCGCAAAACGAUAGCGUCGUCGUCGUUGAGAUCUCGUUCUUCGACUGUCUCACCUGGAAUGACAGAGAAGGACAAGGAAAACAAGGAGGUCAAGCCGACGAAGUCGAGGGGUCGGGCGUCAUUGUCGGCUUUGACUUAUCGUGAGCAGGUUACGACGGAAAGUGGAUUCAGAAGAGGCAGUCUCGGUGGCUCAGAUACACGGGCCAGCAACAGUCGUAUGCCGGUUCCGUUGCGAAAGAUUUUGACCAAGUUUAAAUAGCACAUGAUGUAAGUAACUGCAUAGUUGUAACGAGAUGUUUACC